AUGCAAGCCCUGGCGAACUACUGCCCUUUUACCGAUCCCGCAUCUGGAGACGUCAUCAUCUGCACAUCCGACCAAGUGAAGUUCUGUGUUCAUCGGGUUAUCAUCGCGAAUGCCUCUCCCGUAUUCGCAGACAUGUUCUCCUUUCCGCAGCCCACCUCUGAUGGCGAAAAGCCGGUCGUCGACGUGACGGAGAGCGACAACGUGUGGCGCCUGCUCCUCGACUUUUGCUACCUCCGCACAGACGAGCCCAGCUUACCGCUCCACGACAUCCUCGGCCUGCUUGAGGCUGCCCGCAAGUAUCGCAUGGCCGCGAUCACGACCUGGAUGCGGCGGACGCUCUCUCGGCCAGAGAAUGCGGAGUUGCAGGCGCUGCGGACGUACGCCAUCGCGUGUGCGUACGACCUUCCCGACGUAGCGCGACUAGCUGCCAGGGGCUAUCUGAGUGUCAAUCUCAGGCUUCCGAGUCCCGUCGGCCACAAGAAAGCCACAGAGCUCGACUUUAUCUCUGCCACGCAGUACGCGCGCCUGCUCGACUACCACAAACAGUGCUCCGAUGCUGCUGUCGCCGCCUUGACCUUGACUUUCGAGCACGAGUCCCUCCCCUCUCUGGUCCUCAUGCACCAGGCGGUCGUUGGCGGAUGCCGGCGGUGUCGCUCAAAGGUCGUUAAGACCGUGCUAGUCCCGGACCCGACUGGCGGCGAGGCACGCGUCGCCAUCCGGCCGGCUUGGACGAAGUACAUCGAGAGGCUGAAGGAGACGAUGAAGACACGACCGGUUCCGGCUCAAGCCUUGUCGUCGUCAUUCCUGGAUCCCGCCAUUCGACAGAUAGCGCAGUGCAAAUCAUGCUGCGAAAACAUCCACGGCAAGACGAAAGCGGUCGCAGGAUGGGUACAGGCUAUACUUGAGGCUGCUAUCUCUGAUGUGCAGCUCGAGGUUUCAUGA